UUUUGAAGGUCUUCAAAAUGAGCCUUGCUCUUAGUUUAUUUCACAAAACUGCUUUUUGAAGAUAGUGAAGCAAAUGUGAUCUUCAAGGGGAAAAGAAGAUAAAAAAAAAAAAGAAAAGGUGAUGUCCACUGUGGUGUUAGUGAGGGGACUUUGGUGGUCAAUCCUGCUUUUCAAGCAUUGCAUUCAUUCAGCAUCAGAUGAUGGGAGAAAUGUAUUAGACACUCAACAUGUGCCUUACAAAAUGUCUGAUUAUGAUUCACAUUGGGACUCUAUGGACAACGUGGAUCUGGGGUCGUACCUAAGUAUUCAACACCACACAACGACUCCGAAUGAGUCACGCGAAGAUGAGUCAUCUUGGACGAUGAUGCCGGCAUCAGGCUUGGACGAUGCAACCAGCCACUCGCCAUCAUCAUCAUCAUCUUCUUCAGACCGGGUUGUAUCCGUAUUUUACCAAGGGGACCCAGACUGUAGCCUAGUUGAGAAUUCGAAGAAUGCUACUGGAAGAGACCAUGUUUUGAGCAUCACUGCACCAUCAGGGAUGAUGAAUAAUUCUGCCAUCGUCACCAAGUAUGAUGUUCAAAAUGACUCCACAGAAGCGGAUGAAUUCCUCCUUGCCGGCUUACUCAACAACAACGGCAAUCCCAGCACGACCAACAGCAAGUGGAAGGAGGAUAAGAAGAGGAAUAAGAAGGGCAAGAAAGGGAAUAAGGGGUCAUCGCAAAGCAAGAGCAUCAAGCAGAAAUCCAAGAAAGAAUCUUAUCCAGGAAAGUACCCCUUUGUGGCAUUGGUCAAGUACAAGGGAGUAUUCCAUUGCGUUGGAUCAAUCAUCUCACCCAAGUACAUUUUGUCUUCUCGUCAAUGGGCCGCAGUUGAUCCAAAUGUGACCAAUUUCAUGGUUUCAGUUGGAGUUCAUAAUUUGGUGAAAGAAGAGUUGCCUGCAGAACAAACCAUUCCUGUCCAGGAAAUACAUCUCCAUCCAAAUCUGGGAAAUAUGGUGCACUCUUAUGAUUUUGCAUUGUACGAACUGCGGCAUCACAUCAAGGAAAAGGGCAGGCUGAUACAAAUGAUUGCACUUCCUUUGCCAAAUACUCAACUAUUAAGUGGAGGCGAAUGCUUUGUUGUUGGCUGGGGCAAGGCUGUGAAGGACUCGGAAAGAACCCGGGAUAUUAAAUACGCAGAAGUCAUGGCUGUGGAACUCAGUGAUGCCAAACUCAGUCUGAUUUCCUUUUCUGCCUGCGAAGAGGCCUACGGACGCAAGGUUGACCACUCAAUGAUCUGCGCUGGCUACAGAGGAGAAAGAGGGGAAAACUACAGUCCAAAAGGAGACAGAGGAGGUCCUUUGGUGUGUAAAGUUGAUGGCGGAGCAGGAUGGAUCCAAGCAGGCGUCGUUUCCUGGGGCAUCGCGAGGGCAUCCCUGGGACGCUUUGGGGUUUUUGCCAGAGUCACAGCAGCCAGACCAUGGAUCAAGCAAAUCUCACAAGUUUGAGUGUACCUUAGCUAAUGCAAUAUAAUUUUAAUUUUAUUUUACACACAAGCAUUCCCAUGAGGAAAUUAAUUGUUUGUGGGAUUAAAAUUGUAAAAAAUCUAUUAUAGUACAGAACUACCGUAUUUACUCCAGUACCACGCGCCCUCGAGUAAGGCGCGCACAGGGGUUUUUCACUUGACAAUUUUGCAAAAAUCUUAUCCCGGAGUAAGACGCGCACCCCAAUUUUUAGUAAACCUAAACCAUAAAAUUUCAAAAAUAAAAACAAAAAAUUGACUUUAGGCGUUAAUUGAUCAAAAAUCUGAUGAAUUUUCAACUUUUUCAAUACUAAAAUGUUUUCUUUUUUUAUUUGUUCCAAAUUUCUCCAUUACAAUUAAGUGUAAUGCAAACAUAACUUCCUAAAACUUCUUGAAAAUUUGGUACCUGCUUAUGACGCGCACCCGUUUUUUUCUUCUGAAAUUUGGGAAAAAAGGUGCAAGUGGUACUUGAAUAAAUACGGUAUACUGUAUAUUUUACAGUACUGAAUUUACUAGAGUUACAGCAACAUUUUUUCAAGAGGAAAAAACAAAGAAAAUCAUGCAUCAUCUGAUGCUGCUGCAAAAGGUUUAAAAAUUUCAAGAAGUUCAGGUGCAUGUCCAUUUCAAUGCUAAUGAAAAACAUUUCAGCCAUUCCUAAAACGAAUUUUAAAUUGUGGAUAAUUUACAGUUGAUGGAAUUCUCAAUUGAUUCAUGUCUAAAUUCAUCUUCUGGUGUUUUAAAAAUUUCAAAAUGUUCCAUGUUUCAGUCACUAAAACUGGGCUGAGCCUCUUUAUACAGUACUUGGGUUAGGUAUUUCAUGCAAAUUUCAGGAUGAAAAAAAAACCAGAUGCACAACUCACUUGAGGGUCUGUGGUACUCAAGUAAAUACAGUAUUAUAAUCUGUGAUUUUAGAGUUUUAAAAAUUU